GGUCGGCUGCUGGCGGAGCGCCCGGCUCCGCAUUUCACCCUCCACUGUGGGUGAGGCAGGGGCUGGCGCCUCUUCCCUUCUCCAGAGGAGAAGCCGGAGGCUAGGUGAGGUUAAUUCCCCCUAGCGAGAGGGUCCCUGCCGCGCACAGGUACUUCGUACCUACUGUGUGCCGGCCAUUGCCGCGUACCUGGACGCAAGACUCGCCUUCUGCUGGUUGUAAAUGAAUAAUUAUGUCAGUGGGCUCAGAUCGAUCUUGAUCGUACAUUCAUUCCAUCUAUGAAGAACUGAUCUCGUACCUUUAGUAUAGACAUACUUAAGUACAAAGUAUACACGUGUUAAAAUACGUACAUUGUAACGUAAACAAAAAUUGAGAUUUAAAAUGAGAUAAAUGACAAACAUCUGGCUGUGGUGGCUUUAUAUUUCGGUUUUCAAAGCAUAACAUACAUUUUGCGGCGACAUCACUUGCCUUAAGAACGGUGUUCUUCAUCAUUUCCAGUCUUGGGUGAAUUCGAACUUUUCUUUUUUGCUUCUAUGUGGCUGAUAAUUCCUACUAAGUGCAGAGGUGUCACCCCCGCCAUUUUCUUAUUUGGUUGUGAUUCCGUUAUCGGUAUUCACUUUCUUUUCAGGCAGCCUUAUAAGCCAUGUGUCCAUUUUGUAAAAGUUCUGUUUUUCUUAAAAAGAGUUAAUACUGUACUCAAGUGCAUUUAAUUGUUAUGCUAACUAAAAUACACAGAAAGUUUAAAAAUUCAGUGCCACCCGCAGCCUCUACGGGUGUGAAGAGCCGGCCUUCCUCUCGGAAACCCCUGCCUCAGAAUCGGGCCAGGGCCAAUCCACAUAUUAAAUAUUGGAAACCAUUGCUGCUGCGAUUGCCUGUGUUAUGCCAGCGGAACCUGAUGUCCCUGCUGAUGGCUGUUAGGCCAUUGCUCCCUGAAAACAGACUGCUCCCUCUGCUGCAGAUCAUACGGCAGGACCCAAGCCCUGACCCUGACGCCUGGCUCCAGGCCCUAGGGAAAUUGCUGGAAAGGGACCUGGGUGUUGGGGUCUUCACUGAGGGAGCGUCCCCACUGUCUAAAAGGUGCCAGACGCAGCUCCAAGACCUGUGUAGGCAGCUGGGUUCCGGCGGCAAGAGGAUGAAGUUGGCCCAGUCUCCAGAUGCUGAAGAGGAAAAAGAGGAGGACAAGGACUCCCAGCGGCCUAGGAAACGUAGAAAGGAGCCAGAAGAAGAGCCUGCCAGUCCUGAGAGGGAAAGGGCCCCCAAAAGGUUCCGGUGUUUGGAAAGGGAAGAAGAAGGUUAUGAGGAGAAGAGAGGGGGACAUGAGCCUUUGGAAACUCCAGCAGGUGGAGGAGGCACAUCACCUGUUAAGAACCAGCCUGUCGGGGCUGAGCCCACCGAGUCUGGUCAGAGUCUGGAGGAUGUGAAGGGACCAGCUGAGAGUUUGGAGUUGCCGAAAGCUAUCCAGGACCAGGUUCCCAGGCUGCAGAAGCUGCUCAAGACCUUUGGGGAGGGGUUGGAGGGGCUGGAGAGCGGCCCCCCAGCUGAACUGCGACUUCUCCAUGAAUGCAGUCCCAGCCAGAUGGACCUGCUCUGUGCCCAGCUGCAGCUCCCCCAGCUCUCAGACACAGGCCUUCUGCAGCUCUGCACCUGGCUGCUGUCCCUUUCACCAGAUCUCAGCCUCGGCAGUGCUGCGGUGCUGGCCAGGAACCUCUUCCUUGGACGGAUCCUCUCCUUGACUUCCUCAGCCUCCCGCCUGCUCGCAACUUCCCUGACUUCCUUCUGUGCCAAGUAUACCCACGCCGUCUGCAGAGCCCUGCUAGGCCCCAUUCUCCGGUCCCCAGAAGCAGUCCCACCCUCUCCUGCCACUUUGUCCAGACUUUCCCCAUCUGCUGUCCCCUGCCCAGGUCCCGCUCAAACAGAGUUAUUGUGUUGCCUUAUGAAGGACGAGGCCCUGGAGCCAGACAGGCAGCUUCUAGUCCUCGGACAGAUCUUGGAGUUGCCCUGGAAGGAGCAGACUUUCUUGGUGUUGCAGUCACUCCUGGAACGGCAGGUGGAGAUGACCCCUGAGAAGUUCGGUGUGUUGAUGGAGAGGCUCUGUAAAGAGGGGCUGGCAGCCACCACGUCCAUGGCCUAUGCCAAGCUCAUGCUGACAGUGAUGACCAAGUAUCAGGCUAGUAUCACUGAGACCCAGAGGCUGGGCCUGGCCAUACCCCUAUCACUCAACACCACUUUCCUGAGAAAGUCCCUGCAGGCCUCGCUGAGACAUCUGGCCCCCUGACCUUCCACCAGGGUCCACUCUCCUAGAGCUCUGUCACCAGCUUCCUGAAGGAUACUUCUGCCCUCAGCCCCUCUCCCCACCCCUUGCCUGAGCCUGUCCGUCCCAGGCAUCAACUGCCUGCUGUUCCAGGCGGCAGAGAGGCCAUCUUGCCCUCCCAAGCAGCAGCACCAGCGUGCCGGGCUGAGGGGGCUGGAUUUCCAAGGGCUGCCGACCCUGGCUCACUCCUUGUCACUUCUACCUCAGAAACUUUCCUGUGAGCCCCAGUAGGAUCACAGCAGACACAGAAUAGACCAAGAUGCUCUGGGGGCCCUGUGUGCUCAGCAUGCGCUCCAGUGUGUGUUGUGAUCCUUUGUACUGUUCAGGCCUGAAUAAUGAUUUAUCAGUGGUGUUUAAUAAAAAGUGAAAAACUCAA